AUGGGAUGUCAACCUUGCCGGCCUACAGUAACCGACGAAGAUUUUGAUCAUACUCUGGUAGUGACACGUAUCACAAAUCCUUUCGAAAAGACUCCUGAAAGGUUCUCGUCAUCGAAUCCAUUCGGAACAGAAAUCGAAGAAGGACAAAAGAAGACCAAGAAGAGAAGCAUGUUCUCGUGGCUUGGUGGCGAUUCGUCAAAAAAGAAAAACAAGGAAGUUCUGGAGACGGUUUCCGAAGGUCUCCGCAAGAUUUACAAGCAGAAAUUGCUGCCGCUCGAGGAGUAUCACAAGUAUCAUGAUUUUCACAGCCCAGCUCUCGACGAUCCAGAUUUCGACGCCAAGCCAAUGAUCCUGCUCGUCGGUCAAUACUCUACUGGAAAGACAACUUUCAUCCGUUAUCUUCUCGAGUCUGAUUUCCCAGGAAUCCGAAUUGGACCAGAACCAACAACCGAUAGAUUUAUUGCUGUCAUGCAUGGAGAUGAAGAGGGAAGUAUUCCUGGAAACGCACUCGUCGUCGAUGCCAAGAAGCAGUUCCGUGCGCUCUCUGGAUUCGGGAACGCUUUCUUGAACCGAUUCCAAUGUUCUACUCUUCCAAAUCAAGUUCUUGAAAGUGUCACUAUUGUUGACACACCUGGAAUUCUUUCCGGAGAGAAACAAAGAAUCGAUCGUGGCUACGACUUCACUGGUGUGUUAGAGUGGUUCGCAGAGCGCGUCGACCGUAUCAUCCUCCUCUUCGACGCCCACAAACUUGACAUUUCCGAUGAAUUCAAGAGAUGUAUCGAGGCAUUGGCUGGAAAUGAGGACAAAAUUCGUAUUGUUCUCAACAAGUCCGAUAUGGUCGACCAUCAACAAUUGAUGAGAGUCUAUGGAGCACUCAUGUGGUCAUUGGGAAAAGUCUUCAAGACCCCAGAAGUGUCACGUGUCUACUUGGGAUCCUUCUGGGAUCAUCCACUUCACUACGACAUCAAUCGUCGCCUGUUCCAAGAUGAGCAACACGAUUUGUUCCAAGAUUUGCAAGCACUGCCACGUAACGCUGCUCUCCGCAAAUUGAACGAUCUCAUCAAAAGAGCCCGUCUUGCCAAGGUUCAUGCCUACAUCAUCGCCGAACUCCGAAAGCAGAUGCCAUCCAUGAUUGGAAAAGAGAAGAAGAAGAAGGAGUUAAUCCAGAAUCUCGAUAAGAUCUAUGAGCAACUUCAACGCGAGCACAACAUCUCCCCUGGAGACUUCCCAGAUGUGAACAAGAUGAGAGAGAAGCUUCAAGCUCAGGACUUUAGCAAGUUCAAUCCACUCAAGCCAAAGCUUUUGGAGGUUGUCGAUGGAAUGCUGGCUACUGAUAUAGCCCGCUUGAUGGCUCAAAUUCCAAAGGAGGAAGCAUCGUCACCAGCAGGAACCAACGGCGCCUCUGAUCCAACUGUCAAGGGAGGAGCAUUCAGUCAAACUACAGAAGCAGAGACUCCAUUCGGAUUUGGACGCGGAGAAGGAUUCGACAAAGGAGCCGACGAAGCCGAAUGGGUUGUGAACCGUGAACGCACUUCCGCGGAUUCGACAUUCGAAAGUCUCGGACCAGUCAAUGGAUAUUUGAGCGGAAGAGCUGCAAAAGAACAUAUGGUCAAGAGUAAGCUGCCAAACUCGGUACUCGGAAAGGUCUGGAAAUUGGCCGAUAUUGAUAAGGAUGGACAACUCGAUGCCGAUGAAUUCGCUUUGGCUAACUAUUUGAUCAACUUGAAGUUGGAAGGACAUGAGAUUCCAAGCGAGUUGCCGAAACAUCUGAUUCCACCAUCGAAACGAGGAGUCCAGGAUCCAGUUUAUCCAACUCUCAAUGAUAAUGAUGAAUAA